CACGGUAAGCGAGUGAGAGAUACACCAUUGCGGCCUUCUGCUGUGGGACACUGCUCUUAAAAUAGCAUGGGGCUGCUUCGGUUGUCUUCCGUAGUUUUUCCCCUUCUCGUCCGCGGCGAGGCUUUCAUAGCCAGCCCGCCGCCGCUGUCCGCACUGCAACGGCAACGUUCAACACUCCAGCCAGCAACUGUCGACGCUGCCCAGCUCGCGCAUCAUAGUCGUCGCGAGCAGCAGCUACGACCACCCAGUCUCCUUCCCUCUACGGUACCGUUGCAUCCUCGAUCAACACGCGCCAUGAGAAAACGGAGCAGCAGCACAGUGCUGUUUGCGCGCCAAGGGGAGCCUAUGGGGCCGGGUACGCAGCAACUGUCCAGGCAAGCGAAGCUAGCCAUUUCCGUCCUGAUCGAUCUGAUCGGGAUGUCUUCCUAUGCCCUCCCCGGCGUAGGUGAGGCCACUGACCUGGGAUGGGCGCCCAUCAGCUCCGCCCUGAUUUUCUACUUGUACGGCAACAGCAUCUUCGCAGGUCUCGCCUUUGUGGAGGAGAUUCUGCCGGGCUUCGACGUUAUUCCGACAGCAACGAUCGCUUGGUUCUUGACCAACAGCGAGAUAGGUCAAAACGUCACCAACGCCGCGGCCGGCAAGAAACCCGAAGGAGACGUCUCGUCCUCGGCUCCGCCGCCGCCAGCGGGAUCACCGUUCUCAAAGUUGAACGAUGCCAGAGAGGCCGGCAAGGGUGCGGGAAGCCGCAAAGUCGAUGACGGCAUGGUUCAGUCGGGGGUAAUAGACGUGGAUUCUGAGGACUAA